AUGCGCACCCUGCGCGCCAGCGGCCGCCCCCCGCGCCCCCGCGCCCAGCAGCACGCUUCAGCCGGCGCCGCCGCGGCCGGCACUGGCGAGGAGGCGCCCGCGGCCGAGCGGCUGCCCGGCGCGGGCGGGGCGGCGGCCGCCGCGGAGGCGAUGGAUGUGGAUGGCGGCCACUUGGGGCGCGAGCGGACGCCCGACGCCGCCGCGUCGGCCGCGCCCUCCGGGCUGCCGUGGUCGGAGGGGUUGCCCGGCGGCGCCGGCGCGGCGCCGGCCACUGAGGCCGGCGGCGCGGACGCGGGGGUGGCGUCGCCCGGCCGGCGGUCGCCGGAGGCCGCAGCGAACGCGCCUGAGCCCGCGGCCGCAGCAGAGCCAGAGGCCCCUCCUGAGGCCAGGCCUGAGGACGUGGCGCGCGCCAGGCGGCUGCUGGGCGAGCUGGUGGCGGCGACGCGGGGCGCGGCGCUGGGCGCGCUCGAGGCGCUGCACGCACGGCUGAGCCGGGCGGUGGCGGCGGGGCUGGGGGAGGGCGACCGCGGGGCGGUGCUUGCGGCGGUGGAGGGCGAGCUGCGGGCGGCGCAGGCCGAGGCCGGCGGGUGCAUUGACAAGCACCAGGAGGCCGGCAGGCAGGUGGAGGCGGACAGCAAGGCGAUGGAGGCGGCGCGUGAGGCGGAGGCGGCUGCGCGCACGCGCGCCAGGGAGGCGCGGGAUAUGGAUGAGGGGGCAGGAGGCCCCGGUGCUGGCCGCGCGUUUAGGAGUUUUGCUCUGCCCGCAUGCCUGGCGGGGACGCUUGGGGAGUAG